GAAAGAAGCAUCUCUGAAGAAAUUUUGUAGAGCACAAAAGGGGAUUUAUGGAGUGCAACAACUAUUCCUGAGUUCAAUUAAACUAUGACGCCAGAAAACUCCCACCCAGAAGAAUACAGGAUUGCAUCACUGGUCUUCUACAGCUUUGUGUUCACAGUGGGAUUGCUGGUGAAUGCCACUGCACUGUGGGUGUUCAGCUGCACGACCAAGAAGAGAACAACUAUAACUGUUUAUAUGAUGAACGUCGCAUUGCUUGACCUGGUUUUUAUCUUUUCGCUGCCUUUCCGGAUAAUCUACCACGGGACGGAAGCGUGGCCUUUUGGAGAUACCUUGUGCCGGAUCCUCGGGGCUUUCACCGUGUUUUACCCAGCCAUUGCUCUGUGGCUGCUCGCUUUCAUCAGCGUGGACAGAUUCAUGGCUAUUGUCCAGCCCAAACAUGUCAAAGAACUCAAAAAUACAAAAAAAGCUGUGCUGGCUUGCGCUGGAAUCUGGAUAAUGACCCUCUCAACAACAUCCCCGUUGGUGUUUUUACGAUCUGAUCCAGACCAAGCCUCAAAUUUCACCACCUGCAUGAAAAUGCUUGAUAUCAUCCAUUUAAAGGAAGUAAAUACACUGAAUUUUUGUCGCUUGAUUUUUUUCUUUCUGAUCCCCUUGUUUAUCAUGAUGGGGUGUUACCUAGUCAUUAUUUAUAAUUUUAUUCAUGGCAAGACUUCCAAACUGAAGCCUAAGGCCAAGGAGAGAUCCAUAAGAAUUAUAGUUACUCUGAUUGCUCAGGUACUCAUCUGCUUUGUACCCUUCCACAUCUGCUUUGCCUUUCUGAUGCUUCAAGAUGAAAAUACAAGUUACAAUCCCUGGGCAGCCUUUACCACCUUCCUCAUGAAUCUCAGCACGUGCUUGGAUGUUAUACUGUACUACAUUGUUUCCAAACAAUUCCAGGCAAGAGUCAUCAGUGUAAUCCUUUAUCGAAAUUACCUUCGGAGCGUGCGCAGGAAAAGUUUUCGAACUGGAAGUGUCAGAUCACUCAAUAAUAUUAACAGUGAAAUGAUAUAAAAAGAGGAAAAAUGUCAGGGGACUUUUACAAUGCAAACAAGGGAUUCUUUUUCCAAAUUCUAGCACUCAGCUACACAGAAGGAUGUUUGAUAACCAAAGGUAACAGCUAUAUUUGUUGCAUUGUAAAUGUGACAGAAGCAGAAUAAUAACUGCACUUCUUUUUAUUUGCUCAACAUCUUUUGUUGUUUCACCUGAAAUGAACUAAAACCUAGCACCAGUGUUAAACUUUCCAAUGCUUUUAUCACCUCAAACG